GCUCAACUCGAAACCGACGAUCCGCCGAGGUAGAGGGGCAGCUGUUAUCCUCCCUUGCGCUACCGUUCGAUUUCCUGCUGUCGUUAACUCUCUCUCUUUCUUUCUCGCCCUCUUUCUCUCGCAUCCUCGCGAGAAGGAGGACGAGAAGCAGAAAAGAUAAGCGAUCAAGAGGAUCUCGACUAUUACAUCAUGUUUCCAUCGUUUCCACCGUCCCCGAAAGAUCCAGCAUUGACCACUGGCAGCCAGGAUCACCAGGAGAAGUACGUAUCCGUCUACAAAGAAGACAAGCGACCGGUAGUCGUGCUGCUAGGAUGGGCCGGCUGUCAGGACAGAUAUCUGGCUAAGUACAGCGCGAUCUACGAGGAGAAGAGCUGCAUCACGUUGCGAUACACGGCGCCAGUAGAAUAUCUAUUUUGGCGAAGGGACAAAAUGCCUCUUAUUGGGAAACGUUUGAUCCAAGUGAUUACAGACCAAAGUCUGGAUCAGCAUCCGAUAUUUUUCCAUGUAUUCAGCAAUGGCGGUGCCUUCCUAUAUCAGCACGUGAGUCUUGCAAUGCAGCAGGCCAACACGCCACUUAUGGUUAAAGGAGUGAUAUUCGAUAGUGCACCGGGUGAAAGAAGAUUGACCGCAUUAUUCAAAGCGAUUAGCGCCAUCAUAGGCGGACAUCCUCUUACAAAUAUACCGAUGUCCUUCUUCAUUACAAUCUUCCUGUCUUUACUUUGGUUCUUUGAGGUGAUCGCGCACACGUUUGGACGCGGUUAUCCCGUUCAAACAAAUCCGAUUGCUCUAGCGGAGGAAUCCUACUCCUGGCCACAAUUAUUUCUUUACUCGGACACUGACACUCUGAUCCCAGCAUCGGACGUCGAGAAGUUUGCCAGACGAAGGGCGGAGCGUGGCGUACGGGUGCAACUGGUGCUUUUCAUGAAUUCCCCACACGUGAAGCAUUACGCCACGUACCCCGACGUAUACGUGGACACAGUUUGCAAUUUUAUUCACGAAUGCUUGACAUCAUUAAACUUCGAAAGUUUGAAAUCGUCGCAAGAAUGCAGCGAAGAAAAUAAUCCACGGAAAUACGACACUUUUCCUGGUCUCACGAAAAGAGUUGUGCUGGGCUGAACAGCUAAGAGGAUCGAUGAUAUGCUGCUUGGUUUUCUCUUUCCUGAAGCAGCGAGACUGAUUGAAGCGUGUUUCUUUUUUCAUCAGCGUUGAGUCUUGCCUAUUCCUGUUUUACCUAUUUUAUACAUACAUAUAUAUACAUAUAUAUGUUUCACAGUGAAACUGCGCAUUAGACGUUUUUAAGUACAUAGAAAAUAAAAAAAUAAAGUUUUAUUUUAAUAAUCGAACUCUCUUAUGAUUUAUCAUCCUACUUGCUGCGCUCUACUCGUCAACGGAUAAUAAUUAAAAUUUAAGUGUACUUAAUCAUUAAAUUAAAAGGCAUUAAUCAUGGUUCCUUUCUUGUAAGAUAAAUUCUUCGCAUUUACAAUUGAUUGAUUUUAACGAGACUCAACACUGAUUCACUUGUACACCUAAAGUAACGUUCGAAUUUUUAUGACGAUUCCAACGGCUAUAGCCAACUCGACCGCUUUUUGCCCCUUUCAUCCACUUCUGCUUGUUACAUUUCCGCUUUCUAUUUCCUCGUAUCUUCCAUUUUCUUUACUCGCUAAGUUUUUGAGUAGGUAUUCCAGUGUGACGGUUGUUUUUUUACACUUUUGGAGAGCAUUUACAAAUUCUUUGGUCGAGUAAUAUUUGUUGAAUAAUAAAAUGGCUGCCACGGAGCGCGUAAAAGUUGAAUGUGAAAGAAGAAAGUAAACAGAUUGCUGAUGAAUUGAGUCGUUCAACUUGUCUCAGACAAAAAAAUCUAAUUGAUCUUCAACUAGUAUGAAUGUAGCUAUCGUAGACACUAAAAAGAAGAGAAUAUAUUAAAAAUUGAAAGAAAUGGCGACGCUAUGAACUUACAGUUUCGUUUUGCUGUGUUUAUUUAAGUUUUUAAAUGAUUUUAGAAAUCAAAGAAGAAUGUGGCAUAAUUGAAGUACCGACGAUGGCGUAUGCAAAAUUUUGCGGUACGGUAGUUUUUAAGAUACCGUGGCAACAAGCUCGGAAAAUGUACUUUCGUGAAAAACGUAUUUAAGGUUUUGAGUAAUACUUGUUGCUGUGCACUGACCAUGUCACGCAACAGAAUCUCUAACAUCGUUAUCUCCCCGAGUAUUACUCUGAAAUUUUAUAAGCACAUUUAAAAAAAAUUAUACUAUCGAUAAUAUGCAACAGAAGAUCGAGUUUUCUGAUCCGUCACGCUAGGAUACCCCCUUAACAUCGAUGUGCCUGAAGUCAACGCGAUCGCCUUCUUUUUGGAUCUAAUAAACGAGUAAAAUGCGCAUGUGAUUCGUUUUUCAAUGUUAUAUAUGUAGAAGUAAAUGUCGAGUGCAAUUCUGACUUCUUGGGAAUGAAACUUAUACGGAAAUCUGUAAUUCGAUGUAGCGAAUUGUCGAGCAGUCGAACAAAGCAGAUCUAGUAGUAAAAUAUUACGAACACCAAAAAGCAUAGGGAACGAAAUUUUUAUUUACAUAAAUACUUAGAGGCUUGAAAAUGCGAUCGUUACGCGCGCCAAAAAAUUACGUUGAAGUUUCAAAAUGUUAAAACUUCUGGAUUCGAACUACAUAGUAUUUGAUACGCGAUAAUUGAGUACCCGACGUAACAAAUUCGCACAAAUAAAUCAAGCUGGUCUUGACUUAGCUUUCAAUUACAUUAUGGCGUAAUUAAAUAUCGAUGACACAGAGAAAUUUCCUUGUACCCCUCUUUACCAAGUAAUGUUACGUUUACAUACAUAUGCAUAUACAAACACAAAUAUGUAUAUAUAAAUAUAUUUUGGUCUGUCAAUUAGUUAUAAAUAAAGACUGAUAAAUAUUCACAACUCGUUGCUCUUUUAUAAAUACGUUAAAUAAAUAAUAAAAAUUUGUUUCGGUUGAGGUUUUACGAUUACUUCCAAUCGAAGUAUUAUAAUUUCCUAUCUUGAACGGAAACCAUUUAAUAUUUUUAACAUUGA